CUCUGAUUGGUGACUUACAGUCAGGUAGUGAAGCCCUAGCCUUUUUAAUUACCACAGCAGAGUUUGGCAAGACCUUUAAGUAAGCUUGCUUGCAUGAAGACAUAGUGCACCAAAUCCUGCUGAAAUUCAGUGCAGUGAUUGAGCUUACAACGCAAAUAUUUUACUUGCCGUCUGGAUCUAAAAGCACAAAAAAGGACAGAAGGAAAAAAGAAAGAAAUUACUAAGGAAUUUCUGCAUAAAGGUAGCAAAAUAGUUGUCUUAGUAUCAAUAUUACAGCUAUUAUCAGUGUCAUGCUUCAUGGGAAGAAGUUGGCCAAGCAGGUGCUGCUGCCUUCUGUGCUGGAAGACGAUGACGCAGGAACAGAAAGUGGGAAGCUGCAGCUGGGGGAGCUAAGAAUGAGCCAGACAGAGGUUGAUAUGCGUGGGCCAAAAGACCAACACUCAAGCCCUGACAGGAACGUGCUAGACGGCGGCACAAGACACGAGGAAGACGAAGAAAAGGAGCCUGAAGUACAGGAGUGCCUGAGCUCUGAUGAUGACUAUGAUACAGAUUUGGAGCUCGAAGGUAAGGAGGCGGCAUACGAUCUGACGGGGCAGACAUGCUACAUGACAGCGUGUAAAAAGUUCCAGGUGGUCCCUGCCUCUUAUUUCCUGCAGCAUAUGCAAAAUAGCUCGCUGGUUAUGGUGCAUCGCGGUCUGGGGCCUCAGGGCACCAAAGCACUGGCGGUUCCCCUGGUAACCAACACUUCAAUACUGCGGCUGAACCUGCGAGAUAAUUGGAUGGAAGGCAUGGGUGGAGCUGCUAUAGCUGAGAUGUUAAAAGAAAAUUGCUACAUUACAGAGGUGGACCUGUCCAAUAACAAUCUAGAGGUUUAUGGAGCCAAAGCCAUAGCUGGUAUGCUUAAAGAGAACAGCACCCUGGUGAGCCUCAUUCUGUCAGGAAACCAUUUCACAGACCGGUCCAUUGAACACCUCUGCCCAGCGCUGAUCACCAACACCAAACUACAGCACCUCGACCUCAGCUACAAUGCUCUGGGGGAGCGUGCAGGAGAACACCUGGGAGAUGCUCUGUCUGAGAACACCGGGCUGAGAUCGCUAAACCUGGCAUGGAACGGCAUUCGACAAAAAGGAGCAGUAAUGCUGGCCAAUGGUCUUGGGGAAAAUGUUUUUCUUAGAAUACUGGAUCUGUCAUUUAAUGGCUUUGGGAAAGAAGGAGCCAGUGCUUUAGGACAGGCUCUUAAAGAGAACAAUGUUUUAGAAGAGUUAAAUAUCAGUAACAACCGAAUACCCCCUGAAGGAGCGAUCCACCUCGCCAUGGGCCUCAAAGUAAACAAGACAAUCAAAUCCCUGAAUAUUGGUAGGAACCCCAUCCUGAAUGCUGGAUGCUAUGGGAUCCUUAAAUCUGCACAGGACAACCCAGAUUCAGCCUUGGAGACUUUAGACUUUUCAGACAUCACAGUAAGCCGGGAUUUUGAAGACUUGUAUACAGCAGUGAAAGAAAUAUUCCCAGCGCUUAGAGUAAAUCAUGGGGGCCGCUUUGGCACAUUCAGCAAAGCAAAAGCUUGAAAAGUGUUACUGUAAUUGCUGUACUUUUAUGCCAGCAAAGAUGGAAGAAAUCUUGUCAAAGCCCUAUGGACGUUUUCAUCAACAGAUAAACCAAAGGAUGCAUGCCUGCAAAAAAUAUAACUUUUAAAGAGAUGUCUUUUUUUUGUUAAAGAGCCAUGAGAGCAUAUCCUUCUGAAUAAAAUGCACUGUGAAUAAAUAAAACUUCUUAAAUACCCAAUCAAUUGAAAAUAAAGGCAAUUCAGAUGCUCAUUUUCCAGUAGAAACACCAUGUGUGUAGUGUUUAAAACUCAUUUUUUGAUGAAGUCACAGAAAAUAGGCAUAAAAUACAGGUAUUGAGUAUGAUUCUUUUUAGAUAUGAUCUGAUUUGAUGUUAUAUAAUGUCAGUGGGUAGAAUGAUGGAGAGGAUCAGAGAGCACUGUAUUGUGUAUGAAAAGAAGUGAAAGUGGGUUGCACAAAAAGGAUUUAAGUACUGCAUGACUAGUCUAAUAGAAAAACCAGCUUUGAAAGAACAGUCCACUAUUAGAUAAGAGACCUGUUUACUGAGGCAGGACAACUCAAGCUGUGUUAGAUACAUACAGUGAGCUGUCAUUUGGAUGCAUGUAUCUCUCCCACACACCACUAAAUGAUCUUAAGCCAAGUUAUUUUAUUCCAGAACACUGUAUGUAAUAUGUAAUGUAUAUGCAUUUGAAUACAUUUGACAACUAAUUGGUUUAUUUUGGGGCUUUUUAAUAGCUUGCAGGGAUUUGGGUCAUCUUAUGACUAGAUUUGCAUAUAUUUUCCUUAAGAAAUAAUCAAUACUUAUAACUAUUACUACUUCAGUUACAUAUGUACUGUAUCAUAGAACCAUUACAUUCUCCUCCAUACAACAUAAAAUGAUUUUGAAAUCA